AUGGGUCGGAAGAAGAUCAGGAUCGAGAAAAUCCCCGACGAGCGCAACCGCCAGGUGACGUUCACGAAGCGCAAGAAUGGCCUGAUGAAGAAGGCGAUGGAGUUGUCGGUCCUGUGCGACUGCGAAAUCGCGCUCAUCGUCUUCAACCAGCACGGCAAGCUCUUCCUCUACCACUCCCACGAAGUCGAGCGGACGCUCGGCAAGUUCGGCAAGGCCUGUCAGGAGGCGCACGAGCGCAAGAACACGCACGACUUGCUGGCGCAGCACUUUGGCAGCCAGCUUGCGGAGCAGCACGCCCGGCGGAACCCCCCGCAGGACGACGGCGGGGACGACGACGACGACGACGACGACGACGGCUUCGACCUCGACGGCGAGAUGCUGUACGGAAAGCCUUACGGGGCCAACGGGGUGCCGCUGAGUCAGGCGGGGGCCCCCGCGGACGCGCGCGCGAUGGAGCGGCUCGCCGGGGCCACGCGGUCGGUGUUCCACCCCAUGCCCGUGGACGUCCAGAUCGAGAGCCACGCGCUGAGUCCCCGGGCCGACCGCGCCUUCAGCACCCUGGCGGAGGAGUUCGAGGCUGCGCAGCAGUACCAGCGCGACCACCCGCGGGGCGCGGGCGACGCGUCGGGCGCGCAGCACGCGGGCCGCGCCGGGGAGCGCAACCCCCUUUUGUCCCCGGGGGGACUCUCCGUGCAGUCCGCGGACGAGAACGGCGGCGGCAAGGGCACGCUCAAGCGCGGCCCGGGCCUCGUCAUCACCGUCCCGGAAAACAAGGCCCGUCCGAUCAACGUGCAGCAGUCCGCGACAGGGAGUGGGCCUGGGCCGCUGCCGCUCUUCACGCCGACCAACCCCCCGACGGGCGGGGCCGCGAUGCUCUCCGUGCGCGGCGGGCGCGUCGCCGAGCGGUCCCGGAUGGCGCACGCGACCGGCCGGGACGCGCCGGGCGUGGCGGCGACCCCCGCGACGGAGACGCCCGGGCGGCUCGCGGGCGGGGCGAUGGCGAUGCCGGACGACAGCGCGGCGGGCGCUCCGGACCCCGCGCCGCUCGAGGCGCUCGUGGGCCCGCCGACGACGGGCCAGCCGACGCGGGAGGAGCUCCGAAACAUAUUCGCCGAUAGCUCCGUGGGACUUGGAGAUCUCUCGACUCCAAAUAUCGAAGCCAUGAUGGCUUCGGCGCGCGGGUUCGGCGCCGGGGCGCUCGCGGACCUGGGCAUCACGCCGAUGGGGGACUCGAUGCUGCCGUGGACGAGUCCGAAGCCGGGGGGGGACCGCGGCGUCAAGUCCCCCCCCGGGAGUGGCGGUAGGAACAAGAGGAAGGCGGGGUCCGGGGCGGGGAGUCCGGAGAAGAGGACGGAGGCGAAGAAGCAGCGGGGGAAGGAGGCGGGGGAGGCGGCGGGCAGCGGGGGCGCGGGGAAGGGCGGUGGCGGUGGUGGUGGGCAGUCCUAG